AUGCUUGCACGAACUGCUCUCCGUGCUAUCCCCCGCCGUGCAUUCUCCACUAGCGCACCUCGCCAGACAAAAGUCGCCGUCCUCGGCGCUGGCGGUGGAAUUGGCCAACCACUCUCGCUUUUGCUCAAGAUGGACCCACUCGUGUCGAGUCUUUCGCUGUACGAUAUCCGAGGCGCUCCAGGCGUCGCUGCAGACAUUUCCCAUGUUGAUGUUGCUGGAGAGGUCAACGGGUAUCCGGCCGACAAGCUUGAAGAUGCGCUCAAGGGAGUCGAAGUUGUUGUUAUCCCCGCUGGUGUCCCGAGAAAGCCUGGCAUGACCCGUGAUGACCUCUUCAAUACCAACGCUUCCAUCGUCCGUGACCUCGCCGCGGCGGUCAGCAAGACGGCUCCAAAGGCCCACAUCCUCGUCAUUUCGAAUCCAGUCAACAGCACCGUCCCCAUUGUUGCUUCCGUUCUCGAAAAGGCAGGCACCUUUGACCCAGCUCGUCUGUUUGGUGUCACCACGCUCGACGUCGUCCGCGCCUCUCGCUUCCUCUCGUCCCUUGCUGGAACAGACCCCAAGGAUACGCACGUCACCGUCGUCGGUGGCCACUCGGGCGUCACCAUUGUCCCCCUCCUCAGUCAAACACCACAGGCCAAGAGCGUCAUCGCAAACAAGGAGACGUACGAAAAGCUCGUCAACAGGAUUCAAUAUGGUGGUGAUGAAGUCGUCAAGGCAAAGGAUGGUGCAGGAAGCGCUACCCUCAGCAUGGCGUUUGCUGCCGCCAAGUUUACCAACAGCCUCCUCCGCGCUUUGAAGGGUGAAAAGGGCAUCGUCGUACCCAGCUUUGUCAAGAGCCCGCUCUUUGAAAAGGAAGGCGUCGAGUUCUUCUCGAGUAACAUUGAACUCGGACCCAAUGGUGUCGCCAAGAUUCACGGACUUGGUGAGCUCUCUGCUGAAGAGCAAGAGCUCGUCAAGGCUGCCCUGCCUGAACUCCAGAAGAACAUUGAAAAGGGCGUCAAGUUUGCAGCAUAG